CCACGAAAGUUCAAAGCAUAUGCCCGAGUUGACAAUGGAGAACAUGCUUCAACUGGAGAGCGUGUCCUGCAACCCUUUUCAUCAUCUUGUACGGUGAUCGAAACUCAUCGAGAGCCCUCACGUUCUUCCAGUCAGUCUUAUCACAGAGAGAGUGAUCAAUGGCACAACCAUAAUAUGCUAGGAAAUAGUGAAACCACUGAGGGAAACGGAAAUAAUAUGCCUCGAGGAAGAGCCUCAGGUAAGGAGUCAAGUCAGUUUAAGGCAAGAAAUAGUAUACCAUGUGAGACCUCCAGCAACAAGAGAAAAAGUCAGGAGCAAGAGACUCAUUUUGAAGAACAGCCUACAGAAAUACAGAACAGUAAUCCCAAGAGGCUGGCAUUAAAUCGUGCUAGUGGAUAUUCAUAUAGCCUCAACUCAAUAAGUAGGACUAUUGAGGACAACAGCAUGGUUUACAUUCCCAAUUCGAUCACUGGUAAUGACGUCAUGGAUUCUACUCAUAUGGGAGUUCAACCUUCUCUUGAAUCAAUAUCAACUCAGCCAUUGAACUCGUUUUCCAGCAUUGAGAACAUAAAGCUGCUUUUCCACAAAUUGAUGGUGUCAUCUCUGAAGGAUCUUAGCGAACCUGAAAAGGAAAGUUCCAUGGAAAAAGUAUUAUCCAUCCUAGCAGACAACCUCUCUUUGUUUUCAAAAGAACAAGCCGAACAAAUAAUUGGACUCUUGUUCAAUUUUCCUGCUCUCGUGCAUAGCUGGAGAGAAUAUUCUCGAUUCCAAAUGUACAGUCAGAAGUCCUCUGCUGAAACGAAUAAAAUUAGAGAUUUGGUGAAGACUUCAGUGAAAGAUGAAGAGAAUCUCAAGGUGAGAUACGAAGAACUGGAGAACAAGGAAAAGGAAUUGAUGACACAAUUGGACGCAGUGCAGAAAGAGAAGGCAGAAGUAGCUGAACAGAAGACUGAGAAAUCCAAGCAAAUCAAGGACUUGACGUCUUUGGAAGAGGAGAAAGCAGUUCACCGGAUGAAAGAGGAAUGUUUGAUGAGAAUAACUACUACCAAGUUGAACAACUUAUCUAAUCAAUGGGCUAAGCUACGAUCUUUCUUUAUAUAGAAAGAAUUUGCUA